AUGGGAAGCCAGUGGACAAAUGGCAGAAGACCAGAAAUUUACUCUCUGGAGGCGUGGGCUUGGAACGGCACUGGACUUGGGGACGUCAGGCCCAGGUUUACUGAGAAAGAAGGUUACCGAUCGGGAUGCAAAGAAGACAGAGGUGGGUGUGGAGAGAAACUGACCUGCAAAGUAGGUGCAGCGGCAGUUACAACCAAAGCCUCAGCUGACCCCAAGAACUCGAGGAUGCGGAUGACCCUUUCGAGUUGUCACAGAUUGAGGCUUCUUGUGGAAGUCAGACCAAAAGCAGGAAGAUACUGCAGCAAGAUGGAUUUGGGAAAGGACCAAUCUCUCUCAAAGCUCCAUCAGACACCUGAUCCUCAUCAAGGAGAGACCCAGGUUCCAGAAGUCAUUGGAACUUGGAGCUUGCGAAACAGAGAGCAACUCAGAAAAAGAAAAGCUGAAAAACAAGAAAAGCAAACGUCACAAUGGCAAAUUCGAGAAAAAAAACACAAGUGGCAACGAACAGGGAAAAGAAGUGAAAGAGGCAGAAAGAGACAACAAAACACAGAAAUGAAGGUGGAGCUUCCGUCACAAUUAGAAAAGGAAGCGAUGGAGAAAGUGCCAGCACCUGGAGAGACAGAAAUCGAGCCACCUGCGCCUGUGACCGAAGCUCUCCUUCCGGCAGUGUCCCCACAAGGAGUUGCGCCCGAGAAACAUGUUUCUGAAGUAGGUCAACAAAGUGUUACUCUUCAGGAAAAUUCUUCUGAGUACCAAGCAACAGUGGUACAAAACCACUCUUCUGAAAUAUGCCAAGAUAGGGCUGAAUCUGAAGACCUCUCUCCUAAAAUGUGCCAAGAAAUAGCUAUAUUUCAAGACCAGCCUUUCAAAAUGUUCCGUGAUGUGGCUCAGCCUGAAGACAUCUCUCCUAAAACAUGCCAAGAAGCCAUCGCAGCGAAAGUCCUUUCUUCUAAAACAUCUGAAGAUACAGCUGACCUUGAGGGAUGCUCUCUUGAAACAUACCAGAAAAGACCUGAGCCCGAGGAACCUGAUUCUGAACCAGGUCAAGGAAUAGUUGAGACUGAAAGCUUUGUUUCUAACACACAGCAAGAAAUGGCUGAGCCUAAAGAGCUUUCUACAGAAAUACACCAGGAAACAGUUGAACCUGAACACUUUUCUCGUAAAAUAUAUGAAGAAAUUGCCCCUUCUCAUAAAACAGCCCAAGAAACAUCUGUUCCUGAAAAAUAUCCCCCAGCAAUGUACCAAGAAACACCUGGAUCUGAAGAAUAUUCACUUGAAAUAUACCAAGAAACCCCAGGACCUGAAGAUGGUGCACCUGAAAUAUACCAAGAAACAGCUGGACCUGAAGACCUCUCUACUAAGACAAAUAAAGACAAAGAUGUUCCUAAGGAAUGCUUUUCCAAACUGUACCAGGCAAUAGGUGGACCCCGAGACCAGGAUCCUAAAGCACAGCAGGAAGAUGCUAAGGAUGUUUAUACUUUUCCUCAAGAAAUGAAGGAAAAUCCCAAAGCAGAAGAACCAGAGAUAAUAGAAAUUCCAGAUGUGCUUCAAGAGAGUAACCCAGAAAAUGACAUCUAUAGUUAUGUUUUGUUUUAA